AUGAGCACCAGUCAUAGCGAAAGCGGAAAUGGCAGUGGAAAUCAAGCAAGGCGCGGGGGUGAGAAUUCGACACAACUGGUCCCCCGAAGACCUGGACCUACACCAAGACGGCCAUUAAAAUCAUUGUAUAAACGUAUAGAUAGAUUUUAUGAUGCCGAUUACGCCGAGUGGAGAGUCGUCUCAACUCCCACCGAAAUCGUUCAUAGUCAGGAUGAAUAUUCUGAUUUUGCAUUCCUUGUCCGCCGAAAUCUAGACCAGGAAAAACAAUAUCAGGAUACUAUUCUCAUCAUAAAGUCUUCGGACCUUGGGCAGAUCAUCAAUGCUGUCGUACACAAUGUGGAGGGUCUAUCUGUGAUUGGCAACUCGUCCGAAAUAUCUCCCCAUAUACUUUAUCACUUCCUAGAUGAUUUGCGAGACUUCGAAGUUGCUUCGCUUAUGUUCUUAAUAAAUACCGAGGAAGCCCAGGUCCAGCUUAGGGCGCUAAACUCUUUCCUCCAGUCUGAAUAUGAGUUUGAGGUUACUUUUGCAAAUCAGCUCCUUUCAUACAACCCACCUCAUAUAACCUUUGGGUUACUCUGGCUGAUAUUUAGGCCAAACACUGUCGUUUUCACUGAAACUAGUGAAGAGGGGCUCAGUGGGCGUUUACUUGCACUUCAACUGCCCAUAGAGCUACCUAACGGAUUCCGCCUGAACUGCAAAUCGAUCAACUUUGAUGGGAAGAACUUAGGGUACGAAAAAGAAAAGUUCACGAUCGAUGGGUUCACAGGGACUAGGCCAAUCACUACCCUUCCAUUUUUCCCUUUUCAUUUUCAUUCUGAAUAUGCCUGGCUAGAGCGCAGAUUUGCGGACAGGGGGCGAAAAUUCAACGCAUUGUGUCACUCGGGGAAAAGAUACGUUCAUUAUAAGGGGAUAGCUGAGGCUAUUGGUGAGAGUUUUGGUGAGCAAUAUCACACCGGAAUAAAGUUCGAUUUAAGCAAUCGCGUUAUGCUUGACCCAGAAACAUUCUGGAAUCUCGAGCGACCUGGUAAUAAACCAUCGAUUCAAAAAAUCGAACACCGGCCUCUAGAUGAAACGGAAUUACAGUUAUGCAACACCUGGCUACCAGGUUUCAUCAUGGAACAUAAGAAGUGGGGAUUCAUCCCUAUAAAUGAUGUCAUGGACAUUCAGUGGGUAGAUGACAUGCUAGAUCACGUGGUCCUCGAACGAACGACAAAGGAGUUGAUUCGGAGCUUUGUUACAGCACAUGGAAGUGUAUCUGCACUCGGUCAAUCAGAAGAUGUUGUUCCCGGAAAGGGGGCGGGACUUGUUAUGCUCUUUACAGGCCCACCUGGGGUAGGGAAGACUGUUACAGCUGAAGCUGUUGCAGAGAUAUCCCGUCGACCCCUUUAUUCCAUCUCAUCAAGUGAACUAGGUUCCAUGCCCAAUGAGCUAGAUAGGAACCUCACAAAAAUAUUACGGCAGGGAACCUUAUGGAAUGCUCUACUCCUCCUCGACGAAGCGGAUGUGUUCUUGGAACAAAGAACGAGCUUUGAUGUCAAGAGAAACUCUUUAGUUUCCAUCUUUCUUCGGCAAUUGGAGUAUUACAAAGGAAUCAUUGUCCUCACAAGUAACCGGGUGGAAACAUUUGACAAGGCACUUGAGAGUCGGGUUCAUUUCAAUCUUCGUUUUAAAGAACUUGAUAGACCUUCAAGGGAGCAACUGUGGAGUUACUUCAUUACAGAGUACAAUCAUGUAUUUUCUGAUGCUCAUCUGAGAGAUCUAUCAGAACUCAAAUUUAAUGGCAGGAUGAUCCAGCAUGCUGUAGCUCUAGGCCGCUCGCUUUCCAAGGCCCGUGGAGAGGAUUUUUCCUAUGACCAUAUCCUACAAGUCCUUGACUUUAUCGAUCCAGCACGGCGUAUCCAGAGAUUUGCCAACCAUGAGGACGGACUUCCAGACGCUUCGCCUGCUGACCCUUCAAUGAGUACAACAGAAACCCCUCGAUCGGAUUCUUUUAUGUCUCCGAACGACAUUCAUGGAUCAAAGAGGCCUAGGCGUAGAUAG